UUUCGCCUCACGGUAGUUCCAUGUAAUUUCUACGGUGAUGAAAUGUUUUUGGAUAUGACGGUCAAAAACUUUUGGUCUUUUACCGUUUUUUACCGUAAAUUUACUGACUUUUUUAGCAAAGGAAUUACAGGUGCUUAUUUUUUGCUUGACUUUAUUCGUCUAGUGAUUUCAUUAUUAAGGCUUUAUUCAAAUAGAGUUAAGGCCAAUCUGGUUCCUUUUCCUGGCUGACUUUUUUGUCAUCCAACCAUCUCAGUGAUAUUGUAGCAUCAUAUCACCAUUAAGGUGUUUCCACACCUUCUUCCACACCAGUUUCAGCCUCACCAUGGAAGAGGGAACAUCAGUAUCUUGAUGGAGGUGUUGUGGAAGGUGAUGCUGUGGAAGGAUCUCCGGUAGCAGUCAGUUUUACAACAAACAAAGCCCACUGACUGAAGACUCUGGCUGUAUGACAGGAACAUGUUCGGGAUGACACCAUCAUCUGUUAGCAAGCACUGUUAGCAACCACCAUCAGUUUCAGCCCCACUGUGGAGCUGAUCACUGUGGAGUUGCUUAUAAUGAGUCAGUAAGCAUAUAUUGCAAAAUUAUGUCACUCAUUUACCUCAUCUCUACCCGCUGCAGACUUACUCUCCUAGGAACCAUAGGAGUGCGCUUCUUUCUAGCUGCUACUAAUAAAGAAUGAGUUGUGUUUUGAGUGGUAUUUCUUUGUACCUUUUUCUGAUUUCCAUAUCUUUUAGGCAGUGUUCUGUCUGAGAGGACGUUAUCAUCCCCAGAUCACCGGGAAUUCUGGGAAAAACUGUGUGCCUUGGUGGCACGUGGUCAGGAAGGAGGCGGGGUUGAUAUUUUCUGCCCGCUGGCUGCAUCUGUGUCAAGACUCGCUCUGAUGUGGAAUCUCUCUGAUCUGACUGGUCUGGAAGUUCGCGCUCCUUUGGGUUUUGCCACAGGUAGUUUCCAGAACAUCCUAAGCGAGUGGUCUGGUGGCGACCAGGACCCAGCAGCUCCAGCUCUAUGCUACGUGACUGACAGCGUGCUGUUGGGCUGGUGUAGACAGGCCCAAUGGAUUGAAGAGGUUCUGGUCUGUCUGAGGAAGUCCCUGGAGCUGCAGCUUCAACAGGCUAGUCUACAAGCCAGAUGCAGAGCUCUGGGACUCUUCCUGUGGGAGAACAUUUCCCUGGAUACCCUUGGUGUGUGUGGGGAACUCAGUGAAGCGCUGACAGAAGGACUUACAGCUCUCAACAGACAGAAUGAGAGCCGACCAGUUGAGUUCCUGUCCAGCUUCCUGAUGAAGUGGAGCAAAGAGGAUGGAGAGAUGAGCCAAGGAGGUGGUUCAUCAUGUCCAGGUCCACCACCAGGGAUACCACAGACAACUUUAGAUUGGAGAUGUUCAGUUGGAAGAGAGCUGCUCCACAGCGAGCGCCUUUAUCUGGGAAGAAUGAGGGCUGUGCUGAAGGUAGAACACCAGGAAACUUUAACAACAAACACAACAAACAAUGCUUCAGUUCAGAGAGUCGAAGUUGAUCAGUCAUUGUUUAGUUGUGGCUCUCAGCAGUCUGGAAGUCAGAGAAAUCCUACACACACGCUAUGUGCGCCAUGCCUUCAUCCUGGACGGGCCGCGCUGUUCGUGGGUUUGUGCGACAGAGCAGGAAGAGGAGAGGGACAACUUCCUGUCUGUGCUGCGUUUCGCUAUAAGCUCCUCCCUGACAGAACAUCAGUGAAUUUAAGGCGAAGAUAUCUGCAGCAUAGCACCUGACUCCCUGAAUAAGGGGCUCUUCUGUACACAUUUAAUGAAAAUAUUCCCAGUCCUUCCUAUAGAUCGAGACAAUUAUGCAAAUAAUAUGAAAUCACUUCUCUUGGAGGGUGUUUGUUUUGUUUUAUGUUUUAGCAGAAGAUGAUCAUUUUUAAUGAUAUUCACCAGCCCACACUGUCUACAUUGCUUUUCUGAACCGUAAUCAUGUUCUGCAUCAGCACCAAGAUCACAUGACCUAACAAAUACCAUAUGACCAAAUCCCUCUGGAAAUACAAACACCAUAAAUAGUGUUAUUAAUAUCAGCCCAGAUUUAUUAUCAGACCAAUAUGUUAAAUGACAAACGUUGGCUGAUAUUAAUGUUUAUGUAUGACACAUCACUACGUUUUUCCUCAGCGUCAAAUGACUACAUUUUUUUCAUGAUAUUGUGUAACAUUCUAUUAUUUCUCAACAAUAAACAACUCCACAUGUUUUCAUUAAA